CGGUAGCACGCCUGUACGAGUAGCUGGGCCGUUUGACUAUGGCGUCGCGUCUCUGUUGUACCGUUAUACACAUGUGAAUUAACUUAAUUUUAGCGAAAACUAAUUACUUUAAGUGACCACUACAAUGCUUCAAUGUCAGACAACAGGCUUGCGAGAAGUUCAAGCAGUCAUUUAAAAACAACCACUCAAACAUCAUCAAACUCGUCGAUCUGAAGCCUAACUUAUCACAGACAUGGCAAGAAUCGCCGAAGAUGACAUUUUGGACGACGACAUUCAGGGAAAGGAUGACUAUGAGCUUGACCUUGCUGACGAGGAUGCAUUACUUGGUUUGGAUGAGGAUGAAGCACGCUCAUCUGGCGGUUCACGUGAUCACGCAGCAGAAAAUGUGUCCAACAUACAGUAUGUGGAUGAGGAAGGAAACCCUGUGGCAGUCCGUGAUGGUGACAGCCUUGAAAUAGUAGAGGAGUACAGCUACAGUGAAGAAAGAACCAACGAUGAUGGAGAUGUGCUGGAUGUUGAUAUAGACCCAGACUUUGAUUCCCUGAUUCAAGAUAAUGAAGAUCUUGAGAGUUUGUCAAGUCUGCAGCCUCGUUCCCAGCGCCUUCGACCACCUAACCGGCCACAGAAGGCAGUCCAGAAUGCAGCACCAGCUCCCAAUGAGAAACCAGAGGAGCCCAUACCGUCACUGGUCAGUGAGCCGCCCUCUUCUCCAAGUCUGUCCCGUGCCGCCUCUGAUGAGAGGGAGUCCCUUAGGCGUAUAGAAGAUGAAGAAGAAGAGGAGGAGGAAGGGGGGCGCAGAGGCCGUUUCCAGACUGAGAGGCGUGCAGGCACCGUGAUCGCUACUGUGUCAUCAAAGCGGCGGCAGGCCAUACCUGAUUCCCUGGAUGCAGUCAUCAGUCAGGAGGACGCAGCCAAGAUUGAUGCCUACCUUAGUCGAGAAGAUGAUAGGCGGCAACCCAACCGGCGUGGACGGGGCCGUGGUGGCAACUUUAGAGGUCACAAUAACAAGAGAGGAGGCAAUGCUCCACGAGGUGGCGGGGCUCCACGAGGUGGCUACCGUGGCGCUGCACAACAUAUUGAGCCAUGGGUGGCACCACCCUUUGCCAUGCAUGGUCCAGGCCUCGUGCGAUUUGGCGCGCAGUCUCCACCCCAGCGAGCUUUUCACCAAGGAAAUGUGGCCAGUGCAGAGGGGCCACGAGGCAAGAUCUUUGUGAACCCCCAGUUCCGCAACGGUGCCGCCGGACUGGGACCUGGCGCUCAAAAUGAAGGAGCACACCUGGGCAUUCAGCCCUUUCAGAAUGCACGGGGACCACCCCUUUUCGGGAACCAGCAGCCGGAGCCUUUCCUGCGGCCUCCAUUUGUGUCACAGGGAGGGCCACCCCUCGUGCUGCGCACAGAGCCCUUUGUGUCGGCCAACCUGCUCCAUCCAUCGCAGCAACCACCACCACAUGUAGCCCGACCAAACCUGCCGCCCCAGCACUUCCCACCCGCCCCGGAUCACUUCAUCAUAGCCGGACAAUUAGGUGGAUUUGAGGUGUCAGCUCAAGGCCCAAGGUCCUCUGAGUUUGGUGGACCGCAGCCCCCUGUGGGAUCUGAUGCAUUUCGGCAGCCACAGCCCUUGGACCUCUGGCGGACCCCACCUGCAGGCAGGGCUCCUCCAGAUACUGUGCAACAAAACAGAUUACCUAUGCGACCGCAGCAGCAACCACAUCAGCCUCAGCACCAACAACAGCAGCAGCAGCAUCAUCAGCAACAGCAGCCACACCCCCAUAGCCAGUAUGGAAACAUGUUUCCCCCUGGAGCCCCAAUGCAUCACCAGCACCAACAGCAGCAGCAGCAGCAGCAGCACCAUCAGCAACAGCAACACAGUCAACAGCCGCAACACAAUCAACAGCUGCAGCACCAUCAACAGCCGCAGCAGCAGCCAAGUUCUCCACUUGGCAGUGGAGGCCAUCAAUUCCAGACUGGUCCUGCAUACCAAGGCGCGUCCUUGCCAAGAGUGGCUGGAGGUCCACCCCAUAUGGCACACCAUCCUCAGGGACCAAACAUCUUGGAACAGCAACAGCAGCGGCAGUUCCACCCGCCUCCACCACCGCAGAAUUCAGCUGCAGGAGGUUCGUUUCCUCCCAUGCAAGGGGUAGCCCAACCGCGCUAUGCAGGUCCAGUGCAGGCAAGCACAGGGUUUGGUGGGCCACCUCGGUUUCAGCAGCCACCACCACGUGAGCCCUUUGGCAAAAGGCCCGCCCCUGCCCCACCUGUGACUGUGCCGCCCAAGGCAGCCCGUCUAGAAGCUCCACGCAUGCCUCGAAAGCCAAACCAGGGUCCCCCUGCCCGCACGGUGAACAAUGCCAACAUCAAGGAAGUGCCAAUCUUGGAUUACCUGCCACCACCUGAACCCGAGAAGGCCACACUGCCUCCUGCAAUUGAAGAGGAUGCAGCCACCCAAGAGCUUCGGCGAAAAAUUGAAGAGCAGAAGAAGCUGCGAGAGCAGGUGAUGCGCAUCAAGGAAGAACGUCGCAAGCUUGCUGCCAUGCAGCGACAGAAGAACUUACUGGAGCAGCAGCUUCAGUCCACUGCACAACCACCAGCUGCCAGCACAGCCCCCAGUACUGCUGCAGGCACCUCAACAGAGAAGCCACAGGCAGCUGCAGCCAGUACAGGUGGAAGUGUGAAGCAGCGACUGGGCAUAAGGCCGGCCGCACCAGCUCCUGCACAGCAAGCCGAGUCUGCUCCUGUUUUAAAGAAGGUGGUCAUCGUGAGGCGAGCUGGACAGCAGCAGCAGCAGCCACAAGUGCCUGGUGCAACAAUGGCACCUCGAGCUCCUGGCCCUGUCAACCAAAUAAACGCGGAGAUGGCUCCUCCACGGAGUGUGGGAAGCCUACGAGGCCAAGGUGGUGCAACCGUAGCUAGCCGGCUCGGUCCUGUGCGCACAGCGGGCCUGGCUGCAACCGGUACUGCCGGUGCACCGCGGAAGGUCAUCCGCAUUGUGUCCAACAAUGGAAGGCUGCAGGCAGUGAAUGCUGCAGGAGCAGCGGGAAUGAUGCCACCACGCCUGAUGGCUCCUAAUGUGCCAGCAGUGCGGCCCCAGGCACCUGGCACUGUGGUGAUGCAUCCGCCAGCAGCUAGGCUUCCUCACGCAGUAGCUGUUGGCAGAGUGCUGGUGUCAAACCUGUCGGCAUCCACAAAUGAGAACUCACUUCGCCACCUUGGCCGUUCUUGUGGAGUCGUUACUGAGAUCAUUCUUGACAAGAACCAGCGUCAGGCAGUUGUCAAGUUUAGAGAACAUCAACAAGCUGUGCAAUUUCAGAAGAAAUAUCAAAGUGCCUCCCAUGGAUGCAGGCACAUGCUAGACCUGUCUAUGAUUCAAGUCAGCCUGCUUCCACCGUGAGGGUGGGAACAGCACCUCUGCACUUGGGCCGGAGCCACAGCAAGGAAGGAUCUGGGAUCCGAAGCCCCAGGCCACAUCCCGAGGAUGCCACCACUACAGCCUGCCAGCGCCAGGGUUGAUCGUCAGCACCUCUUCAGUGGUCACCACUCCCCCAGGAAAGUCCUCACAACCGCCCACAGGCUGUUUACUGCUUGCAAGCUGCAGGCUAGCAGGGCCUCUGCACCUUCUCCAGACUCUGCAAUGCACUUGCUAAUUUUAUUAUGCUCUCACUGUUAUGCUUCACUUAGCUACAAAACGUGCAUUGCUAUUGUUAGUCUCGCUGGGGGGGUGGUGCGUGUCUACUUGACAGUUUGUACCUUUACUCCCGGACUGCGUUGAAGAAGAACGAGUUGUCAGGAACAGUUCGGCGCGGGGACAGAAAAUGUGUGUACGUGUGUGCGCGCACGUGUGUGAACUGCCCAUCUCGUUUUCUCUUAUGAGGGAUUUGCCUGAUGGACCAUCACUUUUGGUAUGGGCAGGCAUUAUCCAAAGACAUUCACGUCUGUGCAACUGAACUUCAAGGGUGCUGCUUGUGUUAGGCACCAGACUGCUAGGUGCAGAAGGCUGAUCACACGUUGGUGAAUGUCGUGUUGGUUGAAGGCUUUGCAGCAAAGCUUCAAGUUUCCAAGAAACUUGGUCAAUUUUGCGCUGCACAGGAUUCAUUCAGUGCCGAGGAUAUUGUGGAGACUUCAGAACUUCGAAGAAGCAUCCAUUGAAGACUUCUUAAGGCUUUUUUCUUUUGGCAACUUUCGGGAAACAUUGCCCUUUGGUCUUUUGCAGCUUGUCUUGCUUCAGUAUGCAUCUAGUUCACCAAGAUGUGAGAAUAAAAAAAAAAUUUAAAAAAGCUCCAACAAA